AUGGAAGGAGGAAGAAAGAAGAGGAAGAUGAAAAUUGAAGAAGAGGAUGAAGAGGAAAAGAUAGAGAAAUUCUUUGCGUUGAUUAGAAGUACGAGGGAGGUGCGCGAGCGUCUUAGGGGCAACUCAAACGUCUCAAAGGAGAAGACAGAUGAGAAGAAAAAGGAAGACGGCAAGGCUGCCGGGAGUUGGAACCCGACAUUUCAACCGGAGGACUUCCUUGAGGAUGUUAAGAAGUCUGGUGAAAAAGAAGAUAAGAAAGAAAAUGGAGAAGGGAAUGGUAUAAACCUAAAUCUUUCUUUGUAG